ACCAUCCAUCGAACAACAUCAAAUUACUCAAGUUAUUACAAGCAAUAGUCAAUCAGUCCAAAAAUGAAGUCUUACGCCGCUAUUAUCCUCGUAUCGAGCCUCAUUGCCGCCGCUAGCUGUGCCCCACAGUUUGGAUUCGGAGCAUCCGGUGCUGGAGCCAACGCCGCAUCCCAAGGAAUGGGAAUGGGAGGAGGAUUCCCCGGUAUGGGCGGUGGCAUGAGUUCCUCAAACGCCAACGCCGGUGCACAAGGUUUCGGAAUGGGCGGUGGAUUCCCCGGAAUGGGUGGCGGCAUGGGAGCUUCGUUCGCAAACGCUGGCGCCGCUUCGCAGGGAUUCGGAAUGGGCGGACCUUUCGGAGGCAUGGGCAUGGGAGGAUCGGCGGCCAAUGCUGGAGCGCAAGGUAUGGGCCAGGGAUUCGGUGGAUAAGCAGUUGAAAAUAGUUUCAGACAUUUGCUAGGAUAUCAAAUUGUUUUCUCGAAGAAUAUGUUUUAAUUUAUUUAUUCCAAAAGGAUGUAAAAGUUUACUUAUCAUACGUAGGUGUAUUUCUCUAGAGUAAUAAAUGAUUAAAUUAAUUAUUGUUCUUAGUAAAUUUGUAAUACAUUUUCAAUAUUUGAUGACAAUACCCGCCCAUGAA